UUCAACGAGAACAAAACGGCUACUGAUCCAACCAGCUAACUGUUAGGUAGCUUGCUAGCCAACAUACAACCGGAACAUUGACGGUUUUUUAGACCGUUUCGGGGAGUUAAAAAUAAAUGUAUGUCGUAUCCACUAGUUACCCCUUAAUUUUCAUAUUUACAUUUUUAUUAGUCAACUAGCUGUCUGGUUAAGUUAGCAGUAGCCUAGUCGCUAAUGAUAUUUAGCUAACGUUACCUCGCUAACAACCCUGACCAUGAGCUCACUAAUCUACUCCCCCCCUGUUGAAGAAGAAGAGGUCUGCUGGACAGAGAAAGAGAAGGAAGAUGAGGCUGUUGAGGCUGUUACGGUGAAAGAAGAAGACGUUUUUGUGAAAGAGGAGGAUGUUACUGUGAAGGAAGAGGAGGAAGAUAAAAAUGACGACGCUGUGAUGGGCGUGAAAGAGGAAGGGGAGGAGAUGACUAUCACAGUGAAAGAAGAGGAAGACGUUUUUGAGGUGAAGGAGGGGGAGAUUACUGUCACAUUGGAGGAGGAAGAGGAGGUUGGAGAUCUGAUUAACACCCGUGAAAGACCAGACUCUCACAACAGGAAGAGUCCUUCAGACUCAGAGAAGACCAAACCAGCAAAACUACACCACUGCUCCCAGUGUAGAAAGAGUUUUACCUGGUUAGGGAAUCUGAAAUCACAUAAGCGCACACACACAGGAGAUAAGCCUUUCAAUUGCUCCCAGUGUGGAAAGAGUUUUACCGAGUUAGGGACACUGAAAAAACAUGAGAGGACACACACAGGAGAGAAGCCUUUCCAGUGCUCCCAAUGUGGAAAGAGAUUUACCCAGUUAGCGAACAUGAAAAGGCAUGAAGGAACACACACUGGAGAGAAGCCAUGUCAAUGCUCCCAGUGUGAAAAUAAAUGUUCCUCAUCAGGGGAAUUGAAAAAACAUGAGAGAACACACUUAGUAGAGAGGCCUUUAAAAUGCACUCAGUGUGGAAAGAGCUUUACCCUGUUAGGGAGUCUACAAACGCAUGAGAGAACACACACAGGGGAGAAGCCCUUCUGCUGCUCAGACUGUGGAAAGUGUUUUACCUGGUUAGGGAAUCUGAAAUUACAUGAGCGGACACACACAGGAGAUAAGCCUUUCAACUGCUCCCAGUGUGAAAAAAGUUUUACCCAGUUAGGGAACUUGAAAACACAUGAGAUGACACAUACAGGAGAGAAACCUUUCCACUGCUUCCUGUGUGGAAAGAGUUUUACAGAGUUGGGGACACUGAAAAAGCAUGAGAGGACACACACAGGUGAGAAGCCUUUCCAAUGUUCCCAAUGUGAAAAGAGUUUUACCCAGUUAGCAAACAUGAAAAGGCAUGAAGGAACACACACUGGAGAGAAACCAUAUCAAUGUUCCCAGUGUGAAAAUGCAUUUUCCUCAUCGGGGGACCUGAAAACACAUGAGACAACACACUUAGUAGAGAGGCCUUUCCAAUGCUUUCAGUGUGGAAAGAGUUUUACCUGGUUAGGGAAUCUGAAAUCGCAUGAGCGCACACACACAGGAGAUAAACCUUUCCACUGCUCCCAGUGUGGAAAAAGCUUUACCCAGUUAGGGAACUUGAAAACGCAUGAAAUGACACACACAGGAGAGAAGCCUUUCCACUGCUCCCAGUGUGGAAAGGGGUUUAGACACGCAGGGAACUUGAAAGUGCAUGAAAGAAUACACACUGGAGAGAAGCCAUAUCAAUGCUCCCAGUGUGAAAUUAGAUUUUUCUCAUCAGGGGACCUCAAAAAACAUGAGAGAACACACUCUGUAGAUAGGCCUUUCCAAUGCUCCCACUGUGGAAAGAGUUUUACCCAGUUAAGGAAUCUAAAAACACAUGAGAGAAUGCACACAGGGGAGAAGCCCCACCACUGCUCAGACUGUGGAAAAAGAUUUACCCAGAUUGGGGACCUGAAAACACAUGAGCUGACACACACAGGAGAUAAGCCUUUCCAAUGCUCCCUGUGUGGAAAAGGUUUUCCCCGGUUAGGGAACUUGAAAAUGCAUGAGAGAAUACACACAGGAGAGAAGCCUUUCCACUGCUUCCUGUGUGGAAAGAGUUUUACCGAGUUAGGGACAUUGAAAAAGCAUGAGAGGACGCACACGGGAGAGAAGCCUUUCCAAUGCUCCCAAUGUGAAAAGAGUUUUACCCAGUUAGCGAACAUGAAAAGGCAUGAAGGAACACACACUGGAGAGAAGCCAUAUCAAUGCCCCCAGUGUGAAAAUACAUUUUCCUCAUUAGGGGACCUGAAAGCACACGAGAGAACACACUUAGUAGAAAGGCCUUCCCAAUGUUCUCAGUGUGGAAAAAGUUUUCCCCGUUUAGGGAACUUGAAAAUGCAUGAGAGAAUGCACACAGGAGAGAAGCCUUUCCAAUGCUCCCAUUGUGGAAUUUUUUUUGCCCGGUCAGGGACAUUGGAAAUGCAUGAGAGAAUGCACACAGGAGAGAAGCCUUUCCAAUGCUCCCUGUGUGGAAAGAGUUUUACAGAGUUAGGGACACUGAAAAAGCAUGAGAGGACACACACAGGAGAUAAGCCUUUCCAAUGCUCCCAAUGUGGAAAGAGUUUUACCCAGUUAGCAAACAUGAAAAGGCAUGAAGGAACACACACAGGAUAGAAGCCUUUCCAAUAAUGUCAUUGUGGAAAGACAUUUUCCCGGUCAGAGGACCUGAAAUCACGUGAGAGAAUAGCGAGGCUGUGGUUCUGACUUAUAUUUUUGACUAAUAAUUUGUGUUUUGGUUUAUGCAACAUCAAAUCAUAUUGUAUGUAUAAAAGCUUCCUCUAAAAUAGGCCUACCUUUGUUUUUGUUUAUUCUUCUCAAGUCAUGAUCACAUCUAAAAUCAGAAUAUAUAUUUUUGCAUGUGUAUUUUGAUUAUGAAUUUUGAUUGAUUGAAUACAAGUCUAGUGUUGGAUAUUGGUAUUUCAAAAUGUAAAUGAUUAAAUAGAUUGAUAGAAUGUGCAUUUCUUGAUUGUAACCUUGAAACCUCUUGGAUUUGAUAUGAUUUGGAUAUUAGUAAAGAAAUUUGAUUGGAUAUAUUUUUGGGGAUGUUGCAAAUUGAAUUUGAUUGGAUACAUGAUUUGGAUUUUGCAAAAUGUAAAUGAUUAAAUUACAGUGCCUUCGAAAAGUAUUCUGACCAUUUGACAUUUUGUUAUGUUACAGAC